AUGCUUAACAUUACGUGCAUUGUACCAACCGUAUGGAACUAUUAUCCAGACUUCUUGGUCGAGCUCCUAGUCCACGCUCACCUGGUCGAGCAUUGGAACCACCAUCAUAGCCUGACUGGUGUCACGAUCACCCUGGCAGAAGUCACGGCGGUCUCGGAGUAUUACGUCCUCGACAUAAUCUGGUUUCGAAUUGUGGGAGACGUCACUGAUGAUCCGUUUCACGACGAUUAUUACGUCCUUUCCAUAUAG